AUGCAGAAUAGUUAUAUUGAUGAUAAGAUGCAGAGUUUGAUUAUUAAUAAGAAAUGAGAUUUAUCAUAUAUGAAUUUUAAAUUUUUAGUAUAAUAAAAGUUAAAGUCUUAUAGCUUUCUUAUAACUGGUUAGCAGAAAUAGAAAUAAGAAUUACUUAUUUAUAUAUUAAUAUUUCAUAUAUAAGUUCUUAAUUAACAAAAAAAAGUUCUUGAUUAUCAUUUUUUUACUAAUUGAUUUUGUCAGAAUAAAAGGUGUUUUUACUUUUCUAAAGACCUAAACGAGUUUAGUCUAGCUAUAUUUAUCAUACCGUCUCUCCACAGCCUCUACUACAGCUUCGGCCGAUCAUGAUCUCCAAAGUAGCUGAACCAACCCAAAAGAGGAAGAAGACGACUUCUGAGCCACCGUUGACAUCGUUCUCGUCACUUCCACAUGAAAUCGCAGAGAACAUUCUUGCCCGUGUCUCGAGAUGGGAUUACCCGCGGCUCUCUCUUGUAUCCAAGAGUUUCCACUCUAUCUUAUCUCCUCUGCAAAUCUACAAGACACGAUCUCAAAUUGGAGUCAAUGAAACAUGCGUCUACGUUUGCUUAAAGCUGCCUAAUCAACCAUGUGCGAGCUGGUUUAGUCUGUGGACAAACCCUAAUAAAAAACCAACCAAACGAACCAAACGGAGAGGGAAGACUAAGUUUAAGCCCGACUCAAGCGGAAACUCGGUUGUUCCGACACCAUUCUCUUUUUCCCAUUCUCCUCCCUUACCUCAUUACAUGGAAACAGUUGGUUCGCAAAUCUACAUAAUCGGUGGACCCUACAGGAAGCCGUCUUCAUCUGUUCGGAUCCUUGAUUGUAAGAGUCACACUUGGCGUGAUGGACCUAACAUGACCGUGGCUAGGGCGGAUGCGGCUACAGCUUUACUUGAUGAGAAAAUAUAUGUAAUGGGAGGUUGCGAUAAUAUUGACGCCUACUCUACCAACUGGGUUGAGGUAUUUGACAUAAGGACUCAGUCCUGGACAGCUUUUCCUGGUCCUGGCUUUGAUGUGGACGAAGAGUUAGUCGAUGACUAUCGUGCUCUAGUUAAUGUGUACGAAGGAAAAAUUUACUUGGCGGCAGAUGAAAAGGACUACACUUAUGAUCCGAAAGAUGGUACGUGGAAACUUGUAAGAGAGAAUACAAGCUUCAUUCCCGACUCCGUUGAGUGUUGGUGUGAUGAGAUGGAGAAUGUAAUAUACUGUUGCACUGACUCGGGGUACUUUAUGUGGUCGACCUCUGAGAUUGAAGGUAGAGAGUGGAGAGAGAUCAAGGGCUUGGAUAAAUUGCGUGAGCAUUUAAAAACUGGGAAUGAUUUUGAAAUGGCUAACUAGGGUGGGAAGCUUAUAGUGAUGUGGCAUUCAUAUCCCGAUCUUUGCAUAAGAAACAAGAUUUGGUAUGCAAAGAUUUGUUUAGAAUCAAGAUGCAAUGGACGUGAGGUGUGGGGUAAGGUCGAGUGUGUCGAUAUGCUUACCUUUCCUGUCGAAACAUAUGAAAGCUUUUGUUGUUUAACUACUUCUGUUUGAUGGCUCUUAGAGAUGGUACGAGUUUGUGUUCCUUUUUGCGUCCAACAUGCUGUUUUAUUCUUGGAUACAGCAUGUUGGCUUUCAAUUUCAUAAUUUGAUUGUGUUUUUAUACGUUACAGUAUAUUAAUUCCUUUUAAAAAUGAAACAACAAUUAUAAGUGUUUAGUGAAUUGACAUGAUGAUUCAAUUUAUGUUAAGAUUUAAGAAUAUAUGAACAUUCCAACAUUCUGUUUUGUUCUUGCAAGGAUGCAUCUCUUUUCACGUACAAGUUACGACAUGCUUAAUCUUUUUUUGUUUUUGACAAAGUAGAAAAUGGAUAGGGAUCCAAAGUAAAUUAACACACAUCUAUUUUGCAUAUGAAUGACUAAGGGGCUGUUCGUUUCAGCAUCUUUCAUCUCCAUCCAGAUGAUUCAUUUGUAUGAUCUAUCCAGAUGAUUCAUUUGUAUGAUCUAUCCAGAUGAUCCAUUCAGAUUUUUGUGAUUAUUUGUUUGUCCAUCUAGAUAGCUCAUCUAGAUGAAUCAUCUAAAUAGAUCUUAUGUUUGUUUCUUUAUUUUCAUUUCCAUCCAAAUGAGUUUAGUAAACAAAUUACCAAAAUACCUUUGUGUUGAUUUAAUCAUAUGUUAAAAUUUUAGUACAAUAAUAACUGCUAAUAAACAAAAAAAUUGAUAAACAUGUAUUUGAAUAAAAAAAACUUUAGAGUUUCAAAUUAAAAAGAGUAUUCAUAAAAAACCGAAUGUAACUUCGGUUUUCGCCGAAAAUGAGAUUUUCCGGUUUUGACACGAAAACGAGGUUUUUCGAUUUUAACGAGAAACAAGAUUUUUCGAUUGUGGCGGGAAAAUACA